AUGGCGAAGGAGACAAACAUAAGGACACAUGUCCAACCUGAGAAAAGCCAAGACCAGCUUAAUGGCGGAGUGAAUGACAAGAAACAACAUGAAUCAUUCCAUCCGCGCCAUAUCACCCUUGAGACCUUCCACAACCUGCUAUCCCACUACCCUUCAACGGUAGAACGGGUACACCGCGACAAGCUAAUGCUAAAGCUUCAGUCAAAAGCGGGGAAGGGACCAAAGCGCAAGGCGGAGACGAAGGUCAGCGCAGCGCCGACCACGAAGGCAGAGCUCGAUCCGUCCGAGAAGAAAAUCCUCGAAGAGACGGAUAAGUUCCUCCAGCUUGACCGGUGGCGGUAUGAAGUUCUGCCGAAGAUUAUCGCGGAGCGGGCGAAUGAGGGUGGGCAGAAAGGAAGUGUGCCGGAGAGUGCCCAUUUGCUCAAGGAGGAGUUAGUUGAUAUCAUGGAAUGGAAGACGAAACAUGGAGUAUCCCGUCCCAUGCUUAUGGGAAUGGUGAAAAGCAACCAAGACGCGACGAUCACCAAGUCUACAUCUACGGCUUUCGCCGCCCUCCCAGAUGCGGAUCCUGUGGUUGCGCCGAACGAUGCAUUCCCUAAAGCCAGUCUAGAUGCCCUUACCGCGCCUAUUCGUGGUGUCGGCCCGGCUACUGCAUCAUUGAUUUUGUCUAUCGCCACGGUCCUUAGUGAUGCUAAGAAACAAGUUCCCUUUUACAGCGACGAUGUUUACCUUUGGCUAUGUCUGAUGGACUUCCCAGAGGGUCGGGAUUCCAAAGAGCAGAAGCCUUCUAAACACAAGAAGCCCAAUGGGGAAUUGAUUGUUAAGUACAAUAUGAACGAGUAUCGAGAGCUGUGGAAUGCUUCACAGGAGCUGCGGGUACGGCUUAAUAAUGGCGCUGGAGACGCACCUGUCUCUUUUAUCGAUAUUGAGAGGGCUGCUUAUGUACUCCGCAAUAUCUCUGUCUCGGAUUAUUAUGCUAGUCAGGAACCCGAGGCUGGUUUAAAUACUGUGAAAGAGAUGGAGUUGGAAAAUAGCCAGCCACCAAAGGAAGCGAAGAAGGAUCCUGGCGAGCUUGGGGCGAGACGUAGUAAGAGAAUAAAGCAAGAAGCUAUGUGA